AUGGAAAGACCCAUUCCAGGCUGCAGUCCGGGUUUCCCUCUUGACAGCUGUGACAUGUUCCAGGUGUCCGACGAAACCUUGACGACUCUCUUCAACACCGCACCGGCUCUCCAUUCGUAUGAAGGGACACGCAUUGUGCACGCCCCAUCAGAGGCCAACAUCCUCAACCUGAUCGCCGAAUAUGACGGAUCAGAAACGAUCCAAGUGCCCAAGGUCUACCGGGUUCUCAAUAUUGAACCAGAUGAGAUAUACGGUUACAAAUGCAUCAUCCUGAUGGACUUCAUCGAUGGCGUUUCAGUCGAGCAAUGCUGGGGUGAUAUAAAACAAUCAGAGCGCAUGCAUAUUAUCUCUCAGGUGGCUUCAAUGAUCUCUAUUCUGCGCUCUAUUCCCCUAUCUCAAGAGCAACAGGACCAGCCUGGCCCCGUGGGUGGCCAAGGUUGUGUAGCUCUCGGGUACUGGUUUACCGAUAUUGGAGCCGGUCCGUUCAGGUCAAAGGAGCAUAUGGAAGCCUGGUUCAACCGCCGGCUGGACAUCACCAAGAAAUUCCACCAGGCGCCCAAUGAUGCCCCGUUGUUUCACUUUGACAGACUGGUUCUCACUCACUUGGAUAUCGCGCCUCGCAACUUGAUCGUAGGCUCGGAUAGAACGGUGUGGUUGAUUGAUUGGGGCGACGCGGGGAUAUACCCUGAUGGGUUUGAGAUCGCCUCACUCAAAGCGCGGAGAUCUGAGUUGCCCGAGUAUACUGACAUGCUACUUGAGAUACUUUCCUCUAUGAUCCCGGGGCAUGAGGAGCUAUCCCAGCAGCUCAGGUCGAUUGCAUUUGCGUUGACUACGGGCCAGUGGCUGGGGAGGGAAAGGUUGGACUGGGGUCAAAUUUAG